AUGGGUGUUCUCGACGGCGCCUUCGACACGCUCUCCGACAUGAUUUCCUCCACCAAGAACAAGAGGAAGCUCAAGAAGCAGAGGCAGCUGCAGGUUGAGUCCGAAGCUCCCCUUUUCAUUCGCCGUCCCAUUGUUCUUUCAUUCCCCUUUCAUUCACUGACCUCUCUUUCUCUCCCUCUCCAGACGGUGGAGAUCAAAGUGAAGAUGGACUGCGAGGGCUGCGAGAAGAGGGUGAGGGAUUCCGUCACAGGCAUGAAAGGUAGGAAUUCUCCAUCUCCCCCCGUUGUUGCCGCCGGCCCUUCUUGAUUUCAGCCGCUUGAAGAGAUGCCGCUUCCCGUGCAGGCGUGACGGAUGUGGUGGUGGAGCGGAAGAAGAGCAAGCUCACGGUGACGGGCUUCGUCGACCCCGUGAAGGUGCUGAAGAGGGUGUGCCGGAAGUCGAAGAAGAAGGCGGAGCUGUGGCCGUUCAUCCCCUACACGAUGGUGGACCACCCAUACGCGCCGGGAGUCUACGACAGGAAGGCCCCCGCGGGAUACGUGCGGAACGCCGCUGCCGUCAACCCGCAGAUCUCCGAGCUCGCGCGGGCCGGCUCGGAGGAGCAGGGCUACAUCUCGGCCUUCAGCGACGAGAACCCCAACGCCUGCGCCAUCAUGUGA